GGGGGCGGGGCCCGGAUGCCUGCCAGGCUUGCCACCCUAGCAGCGGAGUCGGGGAUUGUGGACGUGGUCGCCACUUCCUGAGCUGCGGGGAUGGAGGCGUCGCGCUGCCGACUCGGACCCCGCGGGGACAGUGCCUUUGAAGAUGAGACAAUGAAGCUUCGACAGCUGAAACUAGAUAAUCAGAGAGCACUGCUGGAGAAGAAGCAGAGAAAAAAGCGCCUUGAGCCACUCAUGGUACAGCCAAAUCCAGAAGCAAGGCUACGUCGAUCAAAGCCAAGAGGUAGCGAGGAGCAAACUCCUUUGGUGGAACCUCAUACCCCACAGAAUGAUGUCAUCCUACAUGGCAUUGAUGGUCCAGCUGCCUUUUUGAAGCCAGAUGCUCAAGAUUUGGAAACCAAACUUCAUGUUCUUUCAGUAGGCUCUUCUGCUACAGAAGAGGAUACCGAAGGAAGUGUUGAUGGGGAAAGCACUAUGGAUACUGCGCCUAAGCCAGAUCUCCAGGAGAUUCUCCAAAAACAUGGUAUCUCAGGUAGUUUGAACUUUGAUGAAGAGGAGACUGAUGGGGAAGAAGAAGGAAAGAAAUUAUGUCAUUCGCCAUAUUCAGAUGCAGAGAGACCCAAUUCUGCAUCCAGCCAGAAAUCAACCACAGAUACAGGAGCUUAUGGUACUGCAGCCCAACAAAGUGAUAACCAGCUGGGAGAAGUGGAGAAUUUGGAGGACUUUGCAUAUAGUCCUGCCCCUCGGGGUAUUACAGUAAAGUGUCGGAUAACCAGGGAUAAAAAAGGAAUGGAUCGGGGUCUCUUCCCCACCUACUAUAUGCACUUGGAAAAAGAUGAAAAUCGGAAGAUAUUUAUUCUUGCAGGUAGAAAGCGGAAAAAGAGCAAAACAUCCAACUAUCUUAUCUCCACUGAUCCAACAGAUUUAUCUCGUGAAGGGGAAAGUUACAUUGGCAAACUCAGAUCCAACCUCAUGGGGACCAAGUUUACAGUUUACGAUCACGGUGUCAGCCCAGCCAAGGCCCAGGGUCUGGUAGAGAAGGCCUAUACCCGGCAGGAGCUGGCAGCCAUCUGUUACGAAACAAAUGUACUUGGAUUUAAAGGUCCUAGGAAAAUGUCUGUGAUCAUUCCAGGAAUGAAUAUGAAUCAUGAACGGAUCCCAUUUCGGCCACGAAAUGACCACGAGAGCUUGCUUUCCAAAUGGCAGAACAAAACCAUGGAAAACUUGAUUGAACUGCACAACAAGUCCCCAGUCUGGAAUGACGACACACAGUCUUAUGUCCUGAACUUCCACGGCCGGGUCACUCAGGCAUCUGUGAAGAACUUUCAGAUAGUCCACGGGAAUGACCCUGACUACAUAGUCAUGCAGUUUGGACGUGUGGCAGACGAUGUGUUCACCCUGGACUACAACUACCCACUGUGUGCACUUCAGGCCUUUGCCAUUGGACUUUCCAGCUUUGACAGCAAGCUAGCAUGUGAAUAAGAGAAAGAAAAAGGGCUGAGUUUUCUCACUCACA